AAAAAUUAUGCGAUGAAUGAUUUUAAAUAAUUAAGUAACAUAAUGUUGCAAUAUGUGUAUUCAAUUAUUUUCGGUAUACUUUUUUUUAGAAUCAUUUUCGGUAUACAAACAAAAGAAACAAAACGAGACAAACAAAGCAAUGAACGAAAGUUGUAAGCAACUAACGGGCCGGCGAGAGGGACAUAUCCGCAGCAGGAGUCCACAAAGGUUGGGCCCGCGGCUUCUUCGGCCGAGAGCGACGACGAGUCGACGCGCCACCGCCACCGCCGCCGCCUCCGCCUCCGCCUCGCCGCCUCCUCCCCGUCUCCGGCGGCUUCCCGUAGAUCAAGUGAAUGAUGGAGGCUGAUCUGAAGGCCCAGGCGGCCACCGCGAUGGGGUUGCUGUGUGGCAUCUCCCAUGCGAGUUUGCCUCUUGAGUUCAUCGACUUAGCUCUUCGCACCAUCCAGGAAACCGACUCUGCCAUCAGGCCGCAGGUCCAGCCAGAUGCUGCUGUGCAACGGCUCACCUCCAGCCACUCUCUGGCCUUUGCGACUCGCGAGGUAGCUGAGCUGGAGCUGUCAGUGGAGGCAGCCAUCACGGUCGUCUCAACGUCUCCGGCUGGCUUGAUCCCAAGGUGGAUGGACUGCAGGGGCUGCCGGCCAACGCGUGGAGGGUCCAGUCAGAUGAGUUGGUCGCUGCCGUGGCCAAUGCCGGUGAGAUGCUGGAGGCAGCUGCAAUGCAUUGGAUGCGAGGACAUCGCUCGCCUCUGCCCGUGAUCGUCUGAAUGACGCGCGCGCCAGCGUCAGCAAGGCAUGCGCCGCCGCCACCGGAGCCCGCGACGCCGGCAAGAUUAUCCUUGACCUCCUCUAGUAUCAAGACUAGCAUCUUUUAUGGCUUCCUGUAGUAUCAAGACGCUGAUGUUUAUCCUUGACUUCCUCUAGUAUCAAGAGUAGCAUCUUAAUUUUAUGGUUGCCGCUGCUGUUUAUGACUCGGAUCUUUUUGGAUAAGAAUUUGCAUUCCUAGCUGUAUACGUACUAGUAUAUGUUUGGUCAUGUGGGAGUUGGAAA